ACUUUAUACGCAUAUUUACAGAGAUAGGAAGAAGAAGAAGAGAAAGAUAAAAGAAAGAUGGAAGGAAAGUUUUCCUUUGUGUGGGCUAUGAUCCUUUGUGUUAUGAUAGCACAUGCGCAAGGAAACUAUUACUCGACCAUUCCUGCUGACUACAACCAAGAGAAGAAGACCAAUCUCCAUUUCUUUUUCCAUGAUAUACUUAGUGGAGAAAACCCAAGUGCAGUACAAAUAGCCCAAGCCAAAAAUAGCCACUCAUUUAGCUCAUUUGGGACACUUUAUGCCAUUGAUGAUGCUUUGAGGGUAGGUGUCGAACCAACCUCAGAAGUCAUUGGGAGAGCUAAAGGGCUAUAUGUGAUAGCUGCGCAAGAAGAUGAUUUGGCUUUGGUUAUGUAUGUGGAUUUUGGUUUCACAACAGGUAAGUUUAAUGGAAGUUCGUUUAUUGUGUGUUCACAAAAUCCUGUAACAGAGACGAAACGCGAGCUCGCUGUGGUUGGUGGGCGAGGAAACUUUAGGAUGGCUAGAGGAUUUGCAGAACUCUAUACACGUUACAUUAAUGUCACUACUGGUGAUGCCAUUGUUGAGUAUAAUGUGACCUUGUUUCAUUACUAGUUAGCAACCUUCUUCUUCUUCGUUCCAUUUCUGAGUUCCCCUAGCCCAGAUUGUGUUCGAAAUAAUUUCAGUUCCUUCUUCUUAUCUUUCAAAAUAAUAAUUAAAUUGUCCUUUGGGUUAUCUGUAAUGAGCCACAUGAAGUAUGAAGUUUUCAUGUGCAGAAAAAUUUAAUAUAUUAAUGUCUUAUUUCUUCU